GAUUGUAAACAAACAAGGCGUAAGAAAGAGGCUGGUGUUACGGUGCUAGGUUGAGGGUCUUUUCUUUCGUCUGUCAAUAAUUAUGACGGAUGUGGAGCUCAAGAAUAGAGGAAACAAGCUCUUUGCAGCCAGGAAAUAUGAGGAGGCCAUUACCUGUUACUCGGAUGCGAUUACAAAGAAGCCCUCAGUUGCUGUUUACUACACAAACCGUGCACUAUGUAACCUGAAGCUGAAGAGGUGGGACCUGGUGAUGCAAGACUGCCGUAUGGCCCUGGAGAUUGAUGCCACGCUCGUCAAGGCACACUUCUUCCUAGGCCAGGCUCUCCUUGAGACAGAUAACUUUGAUGAUAGCAUCACACACCUUCAGAGGGCCCAGGAUUUGGCCAAGGAACAAAAAGUUAACUAUGGGGAUGACAUCGCAUGCAUGAUUCGUGUAGCUCGCAAGAGGAGGUUCAACGUAUCUGAAGAGAAGAGAAUCACACAAGAAAUUGAACUACAGACUUACCUGAAUAGAUUAGUGUUAGAGGACCGAGACCGGCGCUUAGAGGAGGUUCACAGGAAGUACGAGGGAGAUGAGGAGAAAGCCCAGGAGGAAAUCAUGAGGAUAGAACAACAGACGGACAACCACAUCACAGAAGUAAAUACCAUGUUUGCCAAACUGGAUGAGAGAAGAAGAAAAAGAGAAGUGCCAGACUACCUCUGUGGCAAGAUCAGUUUUGAGAUCCUGAGAGAGCCGGUGGUGACCCCGAGUGGCAUCACCUAUGACCGCAGGGACAUUGAGGAACAUUUGCAGCGCGUGGGCCACUUCGACCCCAUUACCCGGACAGACCUCACCGUGGACCAGCUUAUCCCUAACCUGGCCAUGAAGGAAGUGGUGGACUCGUUCCUGGCCGAGAACGAGUGGGCUCUCGACUACUAGCCCCGGGUCUUUGUUGUUGUUGUAUUUUUUAGUUGUAAGUGUUUAGAGAUGUUCAUUUUUUUGAGCUGCAUUCAUAAUCGCAUUGCAUAUUUGUUGUUAAGAUGAGGAUUUGUGGAUAGAUUGGUUAGUCUAAAAUUGCACACAGACCUCAAGAUUUGUCCAUUGAAUAACAUUUUGCCUUCUCAUCUUGUCAUCUGAGUGAAGAGCCUCUCAAACUGCAGUAAAUACCGAGGCUGGUGGAGAUGUUUCCAAGUUCAUAGUGCAAAUCCAUCCUUUUCUACUCAUGAUUCUAGGAUCUUGAAAUACAUACGUAAUAUGUAUAUGCACACACACACACACACACACACACACACACACACACACACACACACACACACACACACACACACACACACACACACACACACACACACACACACACACACACACACACACACACACACACACUUUCAUACAUAUUGUAUGUCCUUAGGCAAAUAUUAUCCAUUUGUCAUGGUUAACUUCAUGCAAAACCAAUGCAUGUAUGUAUAUAUGAACAUCAAUGUACAUAAACAUACACUGACACCCAUGUUCAUGUGAAUGGUAAAUAGACUACAUGCAUAUAUGUGCAUAAAUAAGUAUAUUAUAAACAGUCUUUACUGUUCCUUAAGCUGAUCAGGAAUUUAAAAUAGUAAGAGAGUUAAACCUGUUGUAUUUUAUAGAAGUACAUGUUUUACAAAGGUUUAAUGAUUUACUUCUACAUAAUCAUCUUUUAUAGACUAAAGACUUAUGGAUAGAUAUUUUGUAUUACUAAAAUAUUUAUAUUAAAUAUUCCCACCUUAGUCCUGUAUAUAGUCAGCCUAACCUGCAUUUUAUAUUUUUGUUUUGUUGUAUUCUCAUGUUCAGUUAUAUUAUAUUAUUUGUAUAUCCAAUAGUGUUGUUUAUGUAGUAAUGAAGUAGAUAAUGUGUAUCAGUCUGACCAUCUAUUUAUUUAUAUAGAUCUAAAAACUCCAUGCCUAAUUUAAAUAUGUAUUUAUUAUUUUUCCAUUUUGUUCCAUUUUGUUUGCUGUAAAUACCAUAACAACCCUAGGUUAAGUAUCUUGGUUUGAGCACUGUGUUAACCGGGUACAAGGGAUGUGCGUGCAAUUUGUUUUUAGGGGGAGGGCCAUUUGGAGGGAAGGUUUACAGAAUAAUUUUUUGUGCGUGUAGUAAAGUUAUAUGUAGGAGAAGGCAGCCGUGUGCGACUGACAUAUCAGGAUAUCCGAAUGUUUGAAAGUGAGAUUGUGCCUGUUUGAUUGUAUUUGUAGCCAAACAUUCAAUGCCGAGUGUAGAGUAUAUUACAAGUAUUCUGAUCAAUCAGGCUUUUUUUCUGCAUUUUUUUUUUUUUUCUUUCUUUCUUUUCUUUUUUUUUUCUCUUUUAUUAUUCAUGUAAUAUUUUUUUUACCCAAUUUGGCCUAACAUUCUUUGUACAUGUACAUUAGUAUGUUAUUAUUUAUUUUGUAGUAGAAAGAACUGUUACAUGUAUUUGAUAUGAAAAUAUAUAUAUUACUAAUCAGAUUAGCUAUGCAGAAGGAUUGUACUGCAGCUUUCUAGUUAUAAUUCUGUUAGAUAGUAAAAAACCCACCUAAAUUGAGCAACUGAAUUUAAUGAUAUAGUUUGAAUUACAAAACACUGAUGUGUUAAAGAAAUGUCAAGAGAAAUUCUUUUCCACACAAAGUUUAUUGAAUGAUAUGACAAAACUGAAAUCCAGAUGAAUUUUGAAAUGAUUGUCUCAUCCUUCAAUAUACUUAUUUUGCGUA